AUGGGUUCCGGGACGAGCAGCAGCAGCAGCUCGUCCUCAAGAAGGCAAAAAGUCCAGGUCGGCUGGUAUCCACUGCUUCUCGCUGGCUGUUCAUCUUCCUCCCCACUUAUCCCCGACAUCUUCCUACUAUCCAUCUACUACAAGGACUACACAGCAGUGCCCGAUACAGCCCAGGUCGACUACAAUCUCCACUCAGCUAUCGAGAACAUCGCAGGUGACGCUUCGUUGCAAGCUCGCGUUGGUUACUUCGGUAUCUGUAUCAACCCCGACGGUGGUUCCUGGCUGUGCAGCAACAAUGCCACUGCACUGGCUAAGGAGGUUGAUGUGGACCAAGAUCCUCUCAACCUCAUCUGGCUGGCUGCUCAAUUUAAAGAUAUGAUCGUAUUCCCAUAUCUCAUUAUCAUUGCCAUCAUCUUUGCUUUCGUCUGCCUCCUCCUUCUCGCGACUUUCCCCGGGUGGCACGAGGAGACUGAUUCAGAAGGCUCUGAUCGCGAAGUCAAGCCUUUCCCGUCUCGUCCCGUCUCUCAAAUUGCCCUUGCCCUGAUCUUUAUCUCAGCCAUCUUCGUCCUUGUAUCUGUGCUAUGGCAACAUACAGCGUCCGUGGCCGCCUCGGUUAUAGCCCAGGAUUUCGGAAACGGAGCUGUCAAGAGUGGUGUAGGUACCAGCGCCAUGGUCUUGGGUUGGUUCUCAUUCGCCCUACUGAUAGUCGUUACUAUCGGUCUACUCAUUAUGAUCCUCAGUAUAAGCGUUCUCAGUUCGAUGGUAUAG